AUGGGGCCCGCUGGCCCUGUGUCUGUCGGGCCUCCUGGACCUCCUGGAGAAAAGGGGCCCGUUGGGCCAGCCGGCCCUCCAGGAGCAAAGGGAGCCAUGGGGCCCGCUGGCCCUAUGUCUGUCGGUCCCCCCGGCCAUCCUGGAGAAAUGGGACCAGUAGGGCCGGCUGGACCUGGGUCUGUCGGGCCCGCCGGCCCUCGAGGAGCAAAGGGAGCCGUGGGGCCAGCUGGCCCCCCAGGAGAAAGGGGGCCCAUCGGAAAAGAAGGGCCCCAGGGGCCGAUGGGUCCUGCAGGGCCGCCCGGUCUGCCGGGACGCUCCGUCUGCCCUGCUGGACCACCGGGACAUUCACAAACAUCCGGACGCGUCCGAGUGCCCUGUCCCGAAGGUUAUACAUAUGAGAUGCGUGGAACCUGCUACAAGUUUUUCAGCACAGGAAAGACCUUCAGCGAAGCGGACGAGAUCUGCCGCAAAGACGGCGGCACCCUGGCCAUGCCCCGAGACGUAGAGAUCACCACCUUCCUGUACUCCAUUUCCAAGAGUCAGGGCAUAAGCUAUUACACUUUCUGGAUCGGGCUUUACUACCAGCGCGAGGAAGGGAAGUUUGUGUGGGUGGAUGGUUCUGCACUUGGCGAGUACAGCUCGUG